GGCAUGGAGCAGAGCGGGAGCCCCGCGGCCGAGCCCCGCGGCCGGGCACGGGGAGUGGUGCUGUUUCGGGGCCCGGUGGAGCCGAUCGUCUUCCUCGCCAACUUCGCCUUGGUCCUGCAGGGCCCGCUUACCACGCAGUACCUCUGGCACCGCUUUAGUGCCCAGGUUGGCUACAAUGGCACCCGCGACCGGGGCGGCUGCAGCAACCACACCGCGGACCCCAAAAUGCAGGAAGUGGAGACCCUCACCUCCCACUGGACUCUCUACAUGAAUGUGGGCGGCUUCCUGAUUGAUCUCUUCUCAUCCACCCUGCUGGGUGCCUGGAGUGACUGUGUGGGCCGCCGUCCCCUGCUGGUACUGGCCUCCUUCGGUCUGCUGCUUCAGUCGGUGAUCUCCAUCUUUGUGGUGCAACUGGAGCUCCAUGUUGGCUUCUUUGUGCUGGGCCGCAUUGUUUCUGCCCUCCUUGGCGACUUUGGUGGCCUCCUCGCUGCUAGCUUUGCCUCCGUGGCAGACGUCAGCUCCAGCCACACCCGCACCAUCCGUAUGGCCGUGCUGGAAUCAUGCAUUGGGAUAGGGGGGAUGCUGGCCAGCCUCCUUGGAGGCCACUGGCUCCGGGCCCAGGGUUAUGCCAACCCAUUCUGGCUGGCCAUGGCCUUGCUGAUAGCCCUGACUUUCUACGCAGCCUUCUGCUUUGGUGAGACAGUGAAGGAGCCAACACUUACCCGGCUCUUCACACUCCGUCACCACCGAUCCAUUAUCCAGCUGUACAUGUCUCCCGCACCAGAGAAGUCCAGGAAGCAUUUAGCCCUGUACUCAUUGGCCAUCUUCGUGGUGAUCACUGUGCACUUUGGGGCGCAGGACAUCCUGACCCUCUAUGAGCUGAGCGCACCCCUCUGCUGGGAUUCCACACUGAUAGGAUACGGUUCUGCGAUGCACCACCUCACCUACCUCACCAGCCUGCUGGGCCUGCGGCUUCUGCAGUAUUUCCUGGCCGACAGCUGGGUAGCUGAGAUUGGCCUGGCCUUCAACAUCAUGGGGAUGGUGGUCUUUGCAUUUGCUGUCAUCACACCCCUCAUGUUCACAGGAUACGCGCUUCUCUUCCUGUCUUUAGUCAUCACACCUGUCUUGCGGGCCAAGCUCUCCAAGCUGGUGAGCAAGUCUGAGCAUGGUGCUCUCUUUUCUGCUGUGGCCUGUGUGAAUGGCUUGGCCAUGCUGGCAGCCUCCGGCAUCUUCAACACGCUCUACCCAGCAACCCUGAACUUCAUGAAGGGGUUCCCCUUCCUCUUGGGAGCUGGCCUCCUUUUCAUCCCAGCCAUACUGAUUGGGGUACUGGAAAAGAUAAACCCUCACCCUGAAUUCCAGCAGUUUCCCCAGAACUGAUCUGCCUGGGCCAGGGGACAAAGGGCAAGUGGAGCCAAAUGAGCACUAACCAAGUAGAAUUACCCAUCUGGGAUCCCAGCCCACAGCAGCACCGCAGUUCCCCUUGAGGGCAUGUUCCCCUUGGACAAGGUGGUCAAGCCAGAUGAGUCCUGCCUGUUCCAUCGCUGCGCCAGCCUGUGUCUCUCAGAUCUAGAAUUGUAACCCAGACAGGCCCACUCCUGGGUGGAUGGUGGGGGAGCCAUUUGCAAGAGCGGUCCAUUUACCCUUUACACCAUCUGUCACUUAGCCCUCCAAGGAGAGGCUAAGUGAUACUUAGGAGAAACACGAGGGCUGGCCUCUCUACUUCCAGCCAAAACUGCACAGCUCACUGUGCUCAUUUCCUGGCGAGCAGCCACCAGUCACUCCAAGUGAUGAGUAUGGUACCCAGGGAGUGCCAGCUUUGGUGGGAGGGAGAGUUGUGGGAACUGAUGCCCUCUAGGGGGAAGAGUGCUGCUGUCUCUGGUGAAGAAUCAAUCCUUGACGAUAACCUGCCCACCCCUUGGCUUAGCAGUGCCAAUCAUAAUAAAUCAAUACAAUCACACUGAGACACGAGGGCUGUGGUAGAGAAUGGCUACGAGAGGAAGAGACCACACGAGAACGGUAAAGAGAAAGAGUAAAGAUUCCCUGGGGCCUGGGAGGCCCGCCAGCUUGCCCGGCCUGUGCAGGCUUGCCACUACAAACAAAUUAGGAAACACUGGAUUAGAUGAUGUUCCGAGCACCUUCCUACCUCAUAUUCUAGAAUGAAAAGCCUCUUCCUGUGCUAUGGGGUAAGGCUAGAGUUGGGGCUGGACUUUUUACCCAUGAGAAUCCCUAAGCAGUUCUCCGUCCCUGGAGAGAGGUGGGGUGAGGUUGGGUAGGGACCAAACUGACUCAGCCAUGACCUGGAGGCAGCAACUGCAGUCCAGUCAAGGAGAAAACCCUGACCCUGCAGGCCUGUGUCAGAGCAGGCUUCAGGGGAAAGGCUGUUCCUCAGCCCUUUGUCUCGGGACAGCCCUCUGAGGCCAGGCCUGGGUGGAAGGUGAGGGCCAAGGUGCCUGCCCUGGCUGCUGUCUGGGCAGUUUGUCACAGCAGUCCCUGGAACAGUCCCUAGAAACACUGGCCUCACCCAGGUGGAGGGCAGAGUCUGGGCUCUGAUUUCUUGAAGAAACAGAAGGGCAGAGAUCAACCAGAAGACCAAGCAGUAAAUGGACAGAAGCAAAGGAUGUACCAAACAGAAAAGGAGACAGCCAGGAAACCCUGAGUGCUGCCGAGGGGACCUCAUGAGGAAGGACUGAUGGGGGACAAAAUGACAAAGCUGCCGGAGGAUACUCAGCACACUGUAUUGUUACUGUCUCAGCUCUGGGAGGGCAACAUCCAGUUGAUCUCAUUCACCAUCAUAUCCAGGACCUGGCACUGGUGGGCACAUGUGUGGUAUGAAGGAAGGAGAGUCAAAUGCAGUCAAAGCCAGAGUUGAAACCAGCACUGUCUCUGGCAGGGAGGGCAGUGGGGGGAGAGAUCCUAGGCCCAGAGUGAGACCUUUGACUUUCUGAUGAUGUGGUUUAAGAUCUAGGGGUGACCUGGCCUGCACCUGUUGAGAGGCAGCCCUGGACCUAGCCAGUGUUGAGAUGUUAGCCACUGUCCUUGGGAGGGAAGGAGGGCAGUGGCUGAAGGGGCUGAAGCUGGGAAUUUUGAAGGGAGGAUACUUUCUUGUUCUAUCCUAGUGAAGGAAAGGGCAGAGGCACAUCUUGCUCAAUUACUUCUGUACAGCCCCUGGGCCAGCUUUUCAUUCUGAUAACCUACCCUUCACUGCGAGAUUCUGUGGGGUGAGGGAGGAGCCAGCUGUGGUGGGCAACAGCCCUGCCCUGGGCUCACCUCCAGUCAGGAGAGCAGGCCCACUGCAGUGGACAGAGCACAGGAAGCCGGGGCUGGGGCCAGGGGCUACCGUGAAUGGCUAGGGAAAUGGCAUGCCACUCAACCUUUCUGAACCUCAGUUUCCUUCUCUGUCAAAUGAGUACUGUGCUGGGUAGGGUUGUUCUGAUAACUAUAGAGACCAUGGUAUGGAAUUUCUGGGAAAUGGCGAAGAAUUGCCAGGCAUUUGCUACUUAGCCACCAGCAGCAGCUCACCUGGCAAUGUGAGAAAAGCAGAUUCACAGACCCCACCCAGAGCUCCUGAAUGGAAUUUUAACAAAACUCCCAGGUGAUUCAAAUACACACCUUGCCCUUCAGGAUCUUGCUUCUUCCCAUGGAGCGAUAGGUUCUAGCCAGGCUAUUGCUCCUGCCACAAGGGGCUGCCUUGUCCCUGUUCCCCCUGAGCAAGUGGGUGGGUGAGGGGCUGGGAGAAGCCAGCUGGACCAGGCAGGGCAGGAGUCUGAAGCACAGCACCAAGGCACAGGGCAGGGCAGGCUGGCUGCCCUUUGAGAUGUGGCCUGCUCUGGGCUGGGUCCAGGCAGGGGCUCGCAGGCACCAGUGAGUGCAGUAAAGCCGAAGCAACUGCAGAUCUGCCGGACUGGGGGCUGGCCCAGCCUGCCCUGCCCAUGCCCCCACCCCUGAUGUGUGCAAGGAGGCUGCACCUCAGGAAGACUGAGGGAGGAGAUUCAGGACCUGGUUAGGCGGCUAAGGGCACUGAGUGGCUAUAGGGCAGCAGGAAGUGGUGAGCACAGGGGCCGGGCAUAGUUGGACUCUCAUCCCCGCUGGCUCCUGGGUCCAGGCCCUUGCUGGCUGAGAGGAGUUGGGCCUUGCCCUUCAUCCUGCUCACGCUGUCUGCUCUCAGGGCAGGAAAGGGGUGGUAUGCAAUCAACCUCCACCUCAAGUGUCUCCAGGACUGAGCAGUGACGUCCCCACACUCAAGACAGAGAAUCUGGUGGCAGGGUUUGGGGUGGUCUUACCACCACAAUGCCUGACUUCUCUUACCAGAUACUGAAGAAGCUGGGUUUGAGGGGGACCAUGAGGUGGCGAAGAGGGAAAGCCAUUUCCUGAGAAGAGCCCUGGCUGUCCCAGCC